CAAAAACUCGUGCUUAUGAGUGGUACAAAGCGUUCAAAAGCGGUCGAGAUGUGAUGGAAGAUUUGCCUCGCUCUGGUAGGCCAUCAACGUCUGCAACUGAAGUUAACAUCGCAAAAGUGAAGGAAAUAGUGACUGAAAAUCCUCAUUCAACUUUGAGAGAGAUAGCCACCGAACUUUCUGUAUCUCACGAGUCGAUCCGUACCAUUUUAACUAAUAAUUUGGGUAUGAAACAUGUUGCCGCUCGGCUAGUCCCAAAAGACCUGAAUUUUUUUCAAAAACUCAAUCGCAUGAGAGUCGCUGAGGACAUGCUAGAACGAGUCAAUUCCGACCCAACAUUCAUGAAACGCAUUGUUACUGGUGACGAGACGUGGGUUUACGAGUUUGACAUGCAAUCUAGUCAACAAGCUUCGGAGUGGCGCCUUCCAACUGAACCGAAACCGAAAAAACCAAGACAAAGUCGUUCAAAAGUCAAAGUCAUGUUGACUGUUUUCUUUGACUAUCGCGGUGUUGUGCACUCGGAAUUCUUGCCGGAAGAAGGAGCAUAUUUUGAAGGUGAUAAAAUAAAUUUGGAUGAAUAACAAACAGUUUGUGUAUUAUUGAUCUUUUCCUGCUACUUUCUUGACAGAGUAG